AUGGCUACCAACUCGCGCUACUUCAACGAUAUGCCCGGGCUGUAUACUCCCUCGCCCUCAAAUGCACGCGCAAAGUCUCAAACGGGCAUUUUUGACACGGCACCUGAAACCUCCGGCCACCUGAUUGAUUCACACGUCCACGAGACCCGCAAGCGUUCCCGAUAUGGCUCCACGGCGCACGAAGCCGCGAUAGGAGGUCCCUGGGGGGAACAUGACUUGAACAACACUCGCUUCAGCGACACCAGAAGUCCGCCUCCGCUUGCGAACGACCGCUACCAACUUGCUGGGGGUAUGGAUGGGACGCACAACAAUACGAGACGAGACGGCGACUACGAUGACUACUUCAACCUCCAGAAGCAGCGCGGCAACUGGUCCGUACCACCUACACCCCAAGUUGGCCUGUCGGGACAGAUCGCAGUUGGCGAGAUGCACACAACACCCAACGAGAGCAAAUCAUGGUCUAUAAUGGGUCUUGUUGGAGGAGUAGCUGGGAAACUUUUCCAGUUCUGCACGGUGCCUUUCCGAGGUUUUCAGGCGGGAGGAGGACCGAGAUACAACAUCGACGCGCAGGAGGAGGUCGCGGCAAAACUUGGGCUCCAAGACGACCCCUAUCAAGCAGGUCCGGUGCAGCAACUACCCCCUGCCCCGAGCGACGACUAUGGAGUCCAGUCCAUAGAAUCCAUCACGCCCGAACGCCCCAGGAUGGCGAAGCGAUUGCGCACAGCAGAUAACUGGGUCGUAGUUGGAACGAACCUGGAGACAGAAUCAAGACCCUCAACACCGCGAUUGUCAGAGCGAAGACUGCCCGAGCGAUCGCCCUCAUUGAUCCCACGCCCUGUAUCACGACCAAACACAGGAACGCCAUCCUACAAGCGACCCUCCCUAAUCCCAGUAUCGCGACGUUCAACAGUCGAGAGACGAUCUUUCUACGGCAGUCCGACAGCCACUCCUAGCUCACACGAACGAGCGCGCUCCUACAGUCGACUAAGCUACGGUUCACCAGCCAUGUUUGAGGACAAGUCAAGCAAAACCUCGAGCCCUCUGCCGAAAGAAAGCCAACGUCUGAUCAACAAAGUGCGGAGAGAAGAGAUCGAGGAAGACGAGCGUAUGCGCAGGAUGAGCUUGCAGAUGACUGCCAUGUUAAGAGAAGCGAAUGAGGCUCUAGGCUCUAAGUUUGAAGUGGAAGAGUACGACGAUCAUAUUGGUGACAAUCAAGGGUACAAUCAGCAACCGAGCUGGUACUCAUAA